UUGCUGAUUAUAUGUAUCCUGUUCCAGAAAAUUAUAUGCACUACGAUUGCUGGCAUUCAAUCGGUGCGGUUUGCUUCCGGAACAAACAUAUAUGAGGAAGGAAGAGAUGGUGUUCUCGAAGUAAAUUACAAUGGCACUUGGGGAACAGUAUGUAAUUUCGGGUUUGACGAACUCGCUGCAUCUGUAGCAUGUUUUAUGAUGGGAAUGAAACCUCGUGGAGUUGCUAUACUCAAUAGCCCUAGACGGAGUGACAGUCAAAUGAUACUUUCAAACUUUAACUGUACCGGCCGGCUUGUACUUCCAAGUUUCUCCUUAAGCACAGCGACAGUGCACCUCGGUGUCUGCUCAUUCACCGACGAGAUUCCCGAGGGUUGCCAAGACAGUAAUCGCCAAACUUCAAUUAUUUGUUUGGAUGACUUCAUGGAAAUCACAACCACUACUCCUGUACCAAAUUAUAUGACAGUGGCUCCGGUUGAUUGUUCGAGGCCUUCGUCUUCCAUAAUUCGUCUGGUUGGUGGAACUGACCGAGAGGGUCUUGUUCAAAUCCAGCAUCCAGAGACCGGAGAGUGGGGCACCAUUUGUGCGGACGGCGUAGAUAUCCACGCAGCCAGAACUUUAUGCAGAAUGCUAUGUACUAGCGCUGACAACCUGAAAUAUGCUCAACCGGUGUUGUACAAACAUCAGGAGGUCGAUGAAACCGUACCGAUUCACUUGUCCGGGAUUCGUUGUCCGGAACACGCGACGGAUUUGAAUCAGUGCACCCUAGGAGGGGGAUGGGGUGCGACGCGAUGGUGUACGCACGCUAUGGAUGUGGGUUUACAGUGCGCCCCUCCGCAGAUUACCGCUCCAUCGAUUUCCUAUGCACCACAAUUGUCAUGUACCCGGACCGAUGCUCACGUGACCUACGAUAAGCAGGUCAAUCCCGAUUUGAACACAAGCAUGAUUACUUUGGUUGGACAAGUUCCGGUUGGUUGCCAGUUUCGGGUUGCCGACAACGGUUCACACAUUGAAGCAAUCAUUCCCUUAGAAGGCUGUGGAGGCAGUCUCUCCCUAAGCAACGAGUCUGACAUUGCUAUCAAAUUUGAACUGCUUCGUGAUUUUGUUGCGCCGUCUACCGGGAUCAUCUCAAACUUACCUGUGAGAUUUUCCGUGACCUGUCUGAUCCCACGCAUAAAUCGGAUUCCGUCGGAAGUGAUAGCAUCUCCACAAGUGAUCGCGGACUUGGUUGGUGCAACUCAGGAGGUUGAGGCCUCACUGAAGCUGUAUCAGGAUCCCGGAUACUCGAUUUCUAUACGCCAGGGUCAAUUCAUCCGUCCUGGACAGAAUGUCUACGUAAAGGUGUCACUGGUCGAUCCGAAACCGGCUAGUAAAUUGAUCCUGCAAGAUUGCUGGACUACCAUCAAUCCAGAAAGACAGUCAACACCAAGACAGAAUCUAAUCAUCAAUCGGUGUAUUGCCUAUGACGGGCUCACGGUGCAUCCAAUCAACCUUACUGAAGUCGGGUUCAGUUUUCCCGCCUUCUAUUUGGGUACCGCAGGUCACACAGUCCCCGCAUCGGCCAGCCUGUAUUUGCAUUGUGAUACACGAAUUUGUCAUGCCAGUGAGACCUCGACAUUUUGUCAGCAGUUCUGCACAACUCCUACGAAACUCCUGAGAAGACGUCGACGUGCUGUUUUCGCACUUCCAGAGCAGACGGGAGCAAAAUAUAUCAAGUUCCAACAAGGUCAAGUGCGUGUACGCUAGCUUACCGGGAAUACAACUCCAAUCCGGAAUCGAUUUUACAAAUUCGAUACCACGGAAACACUAUCGCCAAUUUUUCACGAACGCCUAUGCCAAAUGUCCUAGAAUAAACAUUAGUGGUUGAUGAUCACCUUGGGUUUUUUUG